AUGACCUUUUCAUUUUUCCGAACCACUCAUUUGUUGCCUCUCACACUUUACCUCCUUCCCUCUCUCCCUCUCUCUCUCUCUCUCUCUCUCUCUCUCAUUCUCCAUAAUUUUCACUUUCUCUUUCCUCGACUAAUUUCAUUUCUUUCUCUCUCCUUCUCACCAUUUUAUCUAAUCAUUUUCACAGUUCCCUUCAUUUUCUCCGCCCAACUCUACAUUGUUGGCGUUUUUAUACAAAAUUACAUUGCUUCUCGCUCUAAUAGAUUCCUUACGUUUGAUUUUUUUGCACACUUGUUCACCUUAUUGCACCCAGUGACCCUUCCCAAUCAGAAUUAUAAUUACGCGCUAUCUAUCUAUCUAUCUAUCUAUCUAUCUAUCUAUCUAUCUAUCUAUCUAUCUAUAGCUUUUUCCUUCCUAUCUAUCUGUGUCUUUUCAUAUCUAUCUAUCUAUCUAUCUAUCUAUCUAUCUAUCUAUCUAUCUAUCUAUCUAUCUAGGCAGCAUAUUUUCAUUCAAGCAUGUCUUUCUUUUAACGCAACGAUUUCUAUCUAUCUAAUUCUUUCUUCUUUCUUUCUUUUAAUGAUAAGGUCUUCUUUCUUUCUUUUAACAUUUUGUUUCCUUUCUUCUUUUUUUAAAUUCCCCACAUUAUUAUUUCUGUUUUUAAGUCUUCUUUUCAUAACAUCUCUUUACAUCUUUCUUAAUAUGUCUUCAGAUUUUAUUUUCCUUCUUUUUUUUAAUCAUCUCAUAUCAUUCUUCAUGUUUCUUCUUUCUUUCUUAAUAUCUCUUAACACCGUUUCUUCUUUCACUUUUUUUUGCUUCUUGAUUUCUAUUUUCUUUUACUACUUUAUUUUGAUGUAUUUUUUUCUCACAUGA